CAGUGUUUCCUUGUUAGAUGGCAGUGCUGCCUUUUCGCUCACAUUCUUGUGCUUGAGAUAAGGAAGUGAAUUGAGUAAUCAUCACCAGGGGUGUGUGCAGGGCUGUGGAGGGGGGGAGAAGCAGACCUGGGCAGCCUUCCGCACAGAGAGAGGCGAGGAGGAGUCAGCUCUGUGCUCACCUGUCUGUCCGCACAUUCCACAGCCAACAAUCGGCCGGACAAGACCGACGAAAGGGGACGCCGCAACCAGGAGAGAAAUUGUGGGUUUGGCUGGAUCAGCAGGUGAAAAUAAAGGGGAAACAAGGCUGAACAAAGAAAAUGAAUGCUCCACAUCUAAAGACUGAUAUGUGAUGUCUUCAUCUUAGUUAUCCUCUGAACUCUCGGUGCCAGGAUGUCGCUGGAGGCUAUAAACCGAUCACGGGGAGGAACCUUUAUGAGGUCCGAUGGGCCCACAGAUCUACCGCUCGAUGGAGAGAUCAGUAAAGAAGAGAUGCGUAUCCUUAAGGUGUGUUUUCAUAGCAACAGCAACAACCUGAUGAAGAACUUCAAGCUGGUCAAGUGCAGCAUAUACACAGAUAUACGGGAAAUCAUCAGCUCCAUUCUCCUCAGUGGGCGGAUCGGCCCGGACAUCCAACACGUAAACAGUUACGGUCUUCGCCUGAAACACCUAAAGUCCGAUGAGAUCCAUUGGCUGCACCCUGACCUGACCGUUGGGGAGGUGCAGGAGAAGUACGAGUGUCUCCACCUAGAGGCGGAGUGGAGAUACGAUCUUCGGAUCCGCUACCUGCCGGAUAAUUACUUAGAAAGCUUCAAACAAGAUAAGACGACUUUGCUGUACUUCUACCAGCAGCUGAGGAAUGACUACAUGCAGCAGUACGCCACCAAGGUCAGCGAAGGUAUGGCUCUGCAACUGGGGUGCCUGGAGCUCAGACGUUUCUACAAGGACAUGCCGCAAAACGCUUUGGAGAAAAGAUCCAACUUUGAUUUCCUGGAGAAAGAAGUGGGUCUUGAUCUCUUCUUCCCUAAACAGAUGCAGGAAAGUCUAAAGCCCAAGCAGUUCCGGAAGAUGAUCCAGCAGACGUUCCAGCAGUACGGCUCUCUGAGAGAGGAGGAGUGCAUCAUGAGGUUCCUGGGCACGCUUUCCAGCUUCACCUCCAUUGACCAAGAGACCUAUCGCUGCGAGUUGGCGCAAGGGUGGAGCAUUACCGUGGAUCUGGUCAUCGGCCCAAAGGGCAUUCGACAGCUCACUACGAAGGACUCAAAGCCCACGUUCCUGGCAGAGUUCAAGCAGAUCAAAUCUAUCAAGCUUUCCCUGCAGGACGAUAACCGGGCCCUGCUACUGCUGGGGAUCUCAGGGUCCCCCCAGCUAAACAUCAAAACCCCUUCUUUGGCCGUGGCUGAAAACAUGGCCGACCUCAUAGAUGGAUACUGCCGGCUCCAGAACGGGUCUACAGGGUCGCUUAUUGUCUAUCCUGGAAAAGAGAAUGAGAAGAGGAUCAGCCUGCCGAGGAUCCCCACUCAGGAUGUCCCCGAGGAGAGGAGGUCACGGCUGGAGGAGGGGAGCAGUUUUGAAUCUGACAUUUAUGCGGAGAUUCCAGAAGUGUCGGAGCAGAGGUCUGCCGGGCUCCGAUACGCAAUCAGUCGGGAUGACGUGGUGCUGGGCAGGAUCCUCGGCGAAGGCUUUUUUGGAGAAGUGUAUGAUGGUGUAUAUAAGAAUCAGAAGGGGGAGCGACUCAGUGUUGCGGUGAAGACGUGUAAAAAAGACUGUGCAGCCGACGUCAAGGAAAAGUUCAUGAGCGAAGCCUACCUGAUGAGAAAUCUGGACCAUCCACACAUAGUAAAACUCAUUGGCAUCAUUGAACAGGACCCCAUAUGGAUCGUAAUGGAGCUGUACCCAUUCGGAGAGCUCGGCCAGUACCUGGAGAAACACAAGACCACCCUGAAGGUCAUCACCAUGAUCAACUACUCAUUACAGAUCUGUAAAGCUCUCGCCUACCUUGAAGGCAUAAACUGUGUCCACAGGGACAUUGCUGUCAGAAAUAUCCUGGUUGCCUCACAUGAAUGUGUCAAACUUGGAGACUUCGGCCUCUCGCGGUAUAUUGAGGAUGAAGAGUAUUACAAAGCUUCGGUAACUCGGCUCCCGAUCAAGUGGAUGGCUCCAGAAUCCAUCAACUUCCGCCGCUUCACCUCGGCCAGUGACGUCUGGAUGUUUGGGGUCUGUAUGUGGGAGAUCCUCUCGUUUGGCAAGCAACCGUUUUUCUGGCUGGAAAAUAAAGACGUCAUCAGCGUCAUCGAAAAAGGAGACCGCCUCCCCAAACCCGAGGUCUGCCCGCCAACUCUCUACACGUUAAUGACCCGCUGCUGGACCUACGACCCCUCGGAGAGGCCCAGAUUUACAGAAAUAGUCUGCAGUCUAAGUGACAUCUACCAGACAGAGAAAGAGAUAGUGAGGGAUAAGGAGAGGAACAACCGCCAACGGCCGCCCAAGAUCAUCGAGCCUGUUCCAAUGCAAGAACCCCCACCAAAGCCAAGUCGACCAAAGUACAAGGCAGCUGCACCUGGGAACUUGGGGAACUUAUUGGCACCAAAACUGCAGUUCCAGAUGCCUGAAAGUCUGUGUGCCAGCUCUCCUACGCUCUGUAGCCCCACAGAGUACCAGUCUCCAAUUGACUCCACCCGCAGCCCACCACUCCUGCGCCAUAGCAUCAUCAAACGUCGCAGUAUGAGGGAGGAGGACUUUGUGAAGCCCAGUAGCAUGGAAGAGGCUCAGAAAAUGUGGGAGAAGGAAAGAGCCAAGAUGUUGCAGGUCAUGAACCGCCAACAGCAGCAGAUGUUCGAGGAUAACAAAUGGCUGAAACAUGAGGAGCAAUCGCUGGUGAACACCCUCAAGAGGGAAUUUGACAGAGGGAUGCAGCAAAAGCAAAGGAAUCAUGAUUCAUUAUGUGUCUCUACUCACUUCCUCUACCAACUGACACCCACGGAACAGACAGGAAUUGAGGGGAAAUCUCUCCAAUGGGAUCAAAAUCAACAUAAGAAGAGUGAAAAGCCAUCCGAAUUAGCACCUACAGAAAAAGAAGUUUCAUACACUGAGUUCACGGUGCCGCCACAGAAGCCUCCCAGGCUUGGAGCGCAGUCUCUUCAGCCGACGCCAACAGCUAACAUCGAUCGUACGGAUGAUAACGUCUAUCAGAGUGUGAUGGAGCUGGUGAAAUCUGUCCUACAAUUAAAGAACGACAUCUACCAGAUCCCACCCGAGGAAUACGUUGGUGUGGUGAAGAAUGUGGGGCUCGUGCUCCGAAAGCUCAUAGGCAGCGUGGAUGAGAUUCUUCCAUCUCUGCCGCAGUCGUCACGCACAGAGAUCGAAGGAACGCAGAAGUUGCUUAGUAAGGACUUAGCGGAUCUGAUCAGCAAGAUGCGCCUGACUCAGCAGAACGCGGUGACGUCGCUAAGCGAAGAAUGUAAGAAGCAGAUGCUGACGGCUUCCCAUGCGUUGGCAGUGGAUGCCAAAAACUUACUGGACUCAGUGGAUCAGGCUCGAGUAAGAGCCAACCUCGCCAAGGUGGAAGCGGAGUGACUCCGCGUACGACUGCAGGAAGGAACAGAUGUUUGACAGAGUGGUCGCUCUACUUUAUCGGCCAUAUAGGCAGCGAGCGCUGCUAAUAUGAACCUAAACCUCAACCAUCGAUGGGACCAACAAUUCAGCUUGAGUUGUCAAGUCAAACUUGAGGGCGUGUAAAAAAAAAAAGUUACUAUGAAGCGUAUGGGUGGCAGUUUUAGGGUUUGUAGAGAGGUAUUUAUUUUGUACAAAAAAAAACAGACUCUGACGGUACAUUCUUUUUUUUUUUUGUAUCUCUACGCAACUUUGUCAACGUUCUCAGUAAGAUUGGACUUUGUUUAUUGGGCUUCAAUUAAUGUUUUUACUCUUUAUUUUUUAUUUUUUGUGUGUUUUAAUAGCUACAAAAUGUAUAUUUUGACAGCAAGACUUUUUCUUUUCAGAAGUUUGUCCUGUUAUAUCUCUAAAGCCAAACAAACUCAAUGGACCGGACAGGGUGUGGUCAAAGCAUUUUAUUUUAGGCUAAGCUGAAAAUCAUUUAAAUUGACCAA